GCCCCCGCCGCUGAGAGCUGGACCUGCGGGAAGAUGGCGGCCCCGCUCGUCCCUCUCACGCAGCAGAUACCCCCCGGGAACCCGCUGUAUGAGUCCUACUACAAGCAGGUGGACCCCAGCUCCACUGGUCGUGUUGGGGCAAGUGAGGCUGCGUUGUUCCUGAAACGCUCUGGGCUCUCAGACGCCGUCCUGGGGAAGAUCUGGGACCUGGCAGACCCUGACGGCCACGGCUUCUUGGACAAGCAGGGCUUCUACGUGGCCCUGCGCCUGGUGGCCUGUGCGCAGAGCGGCCACGACGUGAGUGUGAGCAGCCUGGGCCUGAGCGUGCCGCCACCCAAGUUUCAUGAGAGCACCAGCCCCCUGAUGACCGCGCAGCCGUCCACAGAGCCCCACUGGGCCGUGAGGGUGGAGGAGAAGGCCAAGUUCGAUGGCAUCUUCGAGAGCCUCCUCCCUGUCAACGGGCUGCUCUCGGGGGACAAGGUCAAGCCUGUGCUCAUGAACUCCAAGCUGCCCCUGGAUGUGCUGGGCAGGGUCUGGGACCUGAGUGACAUCGACAAGGACGGGCACCUGGACAGAGGCGAGUUUGCGGUGGCCAUGCACCUGGUCUACCGCGCCCUGGAGAAGGAGCCGGUGCCCGCUGUGCUGCCACCCUCCCUCAUCCCUCCCGCCAAGAGGAAGAAGUCGGUAUUUGUGGGCGCCGUGCCCGUGCUGCCUGCCAGCCCGCCACCGAGGGACAGCCUGCGCUCCACGCCCUCCCACGGCAGCGUCAGCAGCCUCAACAGUGCAGGCAGCCUGUCCCCGAAGCCCGGCCUCAAACCCACGCAGCCUCCCGUCAGCUGGGUGGUUCCCGUGGCCGACAAGCUGCGCUUCGACGAGAUCUUCCUGAAGACUGACCUCGACCUUGACGGCUACGUGAGUGGCCAGGAGGCCAAGGACAUCUUUCUGCACUCGGGGCUUCCGCAGAGCCUGCUGGCCCACAUCUGGGCCCUGGCGGACACCCGGCAGACGGGGAAGCUCAGCCAGGAGCAGUUUGCCCUGGCCAUGCACUUGAUCCAGCAGAAGGUCAGCAGAGGCCUGGACCCUCCACAGGUCCUCUCCCCAGACAUGAUCCCACCCUCAGAGAGGGGUACCCCAGGCCCGGACAGCUCCGGCACCCUGGGCUCCGCAGAGCUGACGGGAGUGGCAGAACUGGAUGACAUCAGCCAGGAGAUUGCCCAGCUGCAGCGAGAGAAGCAAUCCCUGGAACAGGACAUCCGGGAAAAAGAGGAGGCCAUCAGGCAGAAGACCUCUGAGGUUCAGGAGUUGCAGAAGGACCUAGACCGGGAGGCAAGUGGCCUGCAGGAGCUAGAGGCACAGAAGCAGGAAGCGCAGGGCCGCCUGGAUGAGAUGGACCAGCAGAAGGCCAAACUGCGGGGCAUGCUGGGAGACGUGCGGCGCAAGUGCCAGGAGGAGACACAGACGAUCUCCUCCCUGAAGACCCAGAUCCAGUCGCAGGAGUCAGACCUCAAGUCGCAAGAGGACGACGUGAACCGGGCGCGGUCGGAGCUGGCGCGGCUGCAGCAGGAGGAGGCACAGCUGGAGCAGAGCAUCCAGGCGGGGCGCGCGCAGCUGGAGACCAUCCUUCGCUCUCUGCAGGCUACACAGGAUGAGAUAGUCCAGGCCAGGAACAAGCUGUCUCAGAUUCACGACAGCCAGCACGAGGCCCGCCGGAGCCUGGAGCAGCUGGACUUGGUGCCUGACAGCCUGAGCCCUGGGGCAGAGCUGGGCGAGGGCGGCGUCCCCGACAGGGCGGGCUUUGGAACCAUGGAUGACCCUUUCAAAAACAAAGCCCUGUUGUUCAGCAACACCGCCCGGGAGCUGCCGCCCGACCCCUUCCAAGCCGACGACCCCUUCAAGUCGGACCCCUUCAAAGGCGCCGACCCUUUCAAAGGUGACCCGUUUCAGAGCGACCCCUUCGUGGAGCAGCCACCGAGCUCGACAGACCCGUUUGGCGGGGACCCUUUCCGAGAGAGCGACCCGUUUCGUGGCUCCGUCCCCGACGACUUCGGCCAGAAGCAGGCCAGGACCGACCCGUUCACCUCCGACCCCUUCUCCAAACACUCCCUACCUGCCCAGCCUGACCCCUUCGAGUCCAGGGAUCCCUUCUCCGGAGCUUCCUCCAAAGGCUCAGGCCCCUUCGGAGCCUUGGACCCGUUUGGAAGCAGCUCCUUUGGUGGUACAGAGGGCUUCGCCGACUUUAGCCACAUGGGUCAGCCCCCUGCUUCUGGCCCCCUCUCCUCCUCCUCUGGCGAGACAGCAUUCUCAGAGGAACCCUUUAAAAAAGCCGCAGCUGACCGGAGAGGCCCCGCACCGUACGCGCUCCUGGGCGGUGAAAGCACGCCCGUAGGCUCGCUGGCCUCCACAGACGCGCCCGCGGGCCCUGACCCGUUCCAGCCUCUCGGGGCCGGGGACCGCAGCGACCCGUUCCAAAAUAACCAGGGUUUUGGGGACCCGUUUAGUGGAAACGACCCGUUUGCUCCCUCUUCUCCGGCUAAGCCCCCCAAGACCACGUCCCUGGGCCUGGCGGCCUUCAGCUCUCUGGGCAAUGAGGAGCAGCAGCUGGCCUGGGCCAAGCGGGAGAGCGAGAAGGCGGAGCGCGAGCGCCUGGCGCGGCUUCGUCGCCAGGAACAGGAGGACCUGGAGCUGGCCAUCGCGCUCAGCAAGGCUGACAUGCCGGCCUAGUGCCCGCCCGCGCCCCCAGC